AUGAUUCAACCAAUAUCUAAAACGGGAAGAAACAUCACCACAGAUAACUGGUUUACCAGUUAUGAACUAGUUGAUGUGUUGCUACGCGGUCAUAACUCAACGCUUAUUGGCACGGUUAGGAAGAAUAAAAAAGAACUACCAGCAGAUUUCAUAAAUACAAAAUUGCUUCCUGUUAAUUCAAGCAUGUUCGGCUUUCAAAAAAAUAGAGCUCUUGUUUCUUAUGUACCUCGAAAGGGUAAAAACGUCAUCCCUAUCUCUAGUAUGCACCAUGACGAUAAAAUAGAUCCUGCAACAGAAGAUAAAGCCAAACCAGAAAUUAUUACUUUUUACAACCAAACGAAAUCAGGCGUUGAUGUAGUAGAUGAAAAAGCUGCAAACUACAACGGUGCAAGGAAUACUAGGAUGUGGCCCAUGGUUGUACUGUAUUCUUUACUGAAUGUGGCAGCAAUUAACGCACAUAUCAUAGUUUGCGCAAAUAACCGAAACAGAUUUAGUAAGAAGAAAGUUCCUGCUGCAGUUGGCACGUCAGCUUAUAAGCGAUUACCAAAAGCACAGAGCCACUAUGACAUACCUUUCACGUGA